AGCCCGGGCUCAAGGGGGACCCGGGUUUGACCGGGACCCCAAAGGGGAACUCCAUGCUCCAUGCCAUGGGUGGCUCCGUCUCCGCAGCACGGAGGACCGAGCGACCAAGUCCCAGAUGCGCCUGGCUGGGGGACCCGAUGCUGCCGGGCAUGGCGGCGUUUUCUGGAUGCGGAUUGUGAGCAGCAACCUCCGGAGGGCAGCACCACUGCCAGUCUGGUCCGCCACUUCUUCGACGGGCGAUCCCUUGACAGGCGCGCCGCCCGGAAGAAGAGGUGCUCGCAAGGCGCUCCUCGGCCAUCUGCUCAGUUCAGACAGCGCGGCAUGCUGCAAGCGACGGUGUCUGGAAAAGCGAUUGAAGACGAGCGGGACUACUGGCCGGUGUUCGUGCUCUCGCAGUCGUUACUGGUCUUCUUGCUUUGGGUCAUCUUUGCAGCACAAAGCGAGGAGUUCUUCUCUGCAAAAGCCGGAUUGGACUCGAUUGUGCCUGGUACCACGAACAUGGCAAUCCACAGCGAUUGCGAGGAUCUCCGUUGGCAAAUCUGGAGAUGGCUCACAUACCAGUUCACUCAUGCCGGUCUCUCGCAUGUUGGCCUGAACAUAUUCAUCGUCCUGGUUGUUGGCAUGCGCUUGGAGAUGUACCAUGGGCAUGUGAGGACACUCGUGGUGUUCAACCUGGGCGUCAUUUGCGCAGCCUUCAAUUUUGCUGUUGCCGACGGCCAUGCCAGCCUGAUCGGUAUGUCGGGCGGAGCCUAUGCCCUGAUGGGCAUGACCUUUGGCUCUCUGAUACUGAAUUGGCAUGACACGCGCUAUCGCCGGCCGGAGCUCCUGGUCUUAUUGGUGCUCUUUGCCUUGGACCUGGUCUUCGCUUAUGCUGAUGGUCUUGCCAAAGAUAGUGAGGUGAGCCACUCCGCACACUUCGGAGGCUAUGCGGCCGGGUUUGUGCUUGGAAUCCUUGUCGGAAGAAACUUGGACGAGGAGGAGAAGCAAGAGCAUGCAAAGACGCUGCGAUGCGAGCGCAUCCUGCAGUUGGUCCUGGGCGUCGUAGGCGCCAUCGUGCUUGUUUCGGUGAUCGCCUGGGCUGCUCAGUGGCCUCCCAGGACCUUGAGCGAUACCACGCCGUGGUGUUGGAACCGGCAAAUCUUCAACCAGUCACUUUUCCCAGAGUUCAGGUUUCACUGCAUCCGAUGCCAAGACGAGAGUUGCGUCUCAAGGUUUGAGGCAAUGGCCAAUGUGGAGCAGGUGAGCUUCCGGGUUUGCGAAGGGGUGGGCUGGAGCUACAGUCAAUGAGCACUGCGUGGGCGCAGCGAAUUGCACGCCGGUGCACAAAGUGCUACCGAGGCAGAAUUGUACAUAGGUCUCCUAUCG